UCCAAAAUUACCUGAAGAGUCGUUCAUCAAGAUACGCGCCGGAACAAACCCGAAUUGGCAGCAGUCUAGCACGCGACGCAGAUGCAUGCUGCUGCCACUGCAAACGAACCAUGAGCGCGCCAUCGACGUACGUACCCGGAUCCCCUGCUGGCUGCUGGCCUUAGUUAUUACAGGCGUGAUCUGCAGUGCGCAGCGCAGCGUCGCACAUGGCGCUGUGCCUGCCGCUGCCGGUGUAAUAUAUUCCAUUCCCGUUUGCCUCCGUUGCACUGCACUCCACUCCUCCGCGACGUAGCUGGCAGUGUGGCACAUGGCGGACCGCGCGGUGCCGUGAGGUGAGGCGAGCGGAUAGAUCGGCUGGUUUGCUUUGCGCCUCCCAGCUGCAAGCCUGCAAUGCCGGCAGCGCGAGAUCGUGCGGGUGCAGUGCUGAUAGUUGGUCUGUGAGAGCUCGUGAUUCUGCUGCCGCGGAUGGGCAGGGCGGGUAGGUGGCUCAGAAGCUUCCUGCCGGGCAGGAAGGAGAAGGACAGGGGCAGGGACAAGGCCCGGGCGCUCGCGCCGGUUCCCGCGGAGCCGGAUCAGGCGCUGGCGUUGCACGGUACGACGACGACGACGCCGGCGUCGACGCCCGGCACCAAGGAGAAGAGGCGAUGGAGCUUUCGGCGCCCGGCGGCAUCGCCGGGAUCGGGGAAGGACGCGGCCGCGGCAGCGCAGGCGCGGCUCGCGUCCUAUGGGUUCUUGGAGCCCCGGGUGGACCCGGACCAGCACGCCGUGGCGGUGGCCAUCGCCACCGCAGCAGCGGCCGAGGCGGCGAUGGCGGCCAAGCAGGCGGCCGCGGCCGUCGUCCGGCUCUCGGCGUCCGCGCCGGGGUCAAAGCGGAUCGUCAUCGGCAUUGAGGAGGCCGCCGCGAUCAAGAUCCAGUCCGUCUUCAGAUCCUACCUGGCGAGGAAGGCGCUGUGCGCGCUGAGGGGGCUCGUGAAGCUGCAGGCGCUGGUGCGCGGCCACCUCGUGCGGCGGCAGGCCAGCAACACCCUGCGCUGCAUGCAGGCGCUCGUCGCCGCGCAGAACAGGGCGCGGGUGGCGCGCCUCCGGCUCCUCGAAGACGAGAAGCCCAUCCGGACGCCGCGGGCCACGCCGAGCCGGCGCUCGCCGCACCACCCCCGCUUCCGGCACCAGCAGGAGAUGGAGGAGAACGUCAAGAUCGUGGAGAUGGACACCGGCGGCGUCGAGGUGCACGGCACGCCAAGGACGUCCCGGCGCAGCAGCUGCUACGCGACGCCUCUGUGCCGCACGCCGUCCAAGAACGAGCUGUACCAGAAGAUCUCGCCGACGCCCUCGGCGCUGACCGACGCCAGCGCGCGCACGUACAGCGGUCGCUACGACGACUUCUCCUUCGCGACCGCGCGGACCAGCCCCUGCCACUACCCGGCGUCGAGGCAGCAGCAUCACCACGACGCGCACGCGGGCGCGGACAAGGCGGCCGACCACCCGCUCUUCGUCCCCAGCUACAUGGCGAACACGGAGUCGUCCCGUGCCAAGGCGCGGUCGCAGAGCGCGCCCCGGCAGCGGCUCUCGGUGUCGUCCGCCGCUGGCGAGGUGCCGUGGGAGAGGCAGCCCAGCGCCCGGCACAGGACGUCGCUGGAGGGGCAAGCGCAGGCGGCGGCCGCGCGCGGGCUGGUGCCCAAGUGCGGCGCCGUGCGCGUGCAAAGGUGCCCGUCGCAGGCGAGCGCGCCCGCGGCGUAUCCGUGGGGCGCGAGGCUGGACAGGUGGAGCCCGUCAAUGCACGACAGCGAGUGCGGGUCCACGAGCACCGUGAUGACCGCCGCCACCACCACGUACUGCUGGUCGCUGGCCACUGACAUGGCAUGACGAUCUCGCCAUGUUUCUGACCGAACCUCCUGCAAGACAAGGAAUCCUAGCAUCCGUAGGAACAGGGACUGGUUACUGCUGAGGACUGAAGUUAGCAGUAGAAGAAGCUGAGCAGUGAGCACGGACAAUCUCUCUUUCUGUAUACUGUAAUGUGUGACCUGAUGGCACGUUGGGUUUCUGCGUGCCAAGAAUCGUAGGACUCUUUUCGUGGUACUCGGUGUCCUAGUUCAAUCUGUCAAGCCUUGUCGUUCCCGGCUCAACUAAAGCAAGAAGAUACUGCUAUUAGAAGUUUCAUAGUCUUGUUGCCGCGCAGUGUUUGCUCAAACUUUUAACAGUAGAAAGCUGCUGGCGCUCCCUCCAUGAACAAUCUUCUCGGGAUCAGAGUAAGCAUCAGACAGACAGCAGAUACAGUACUCUGUUGGA